GUGCAACGACAAAACUUACCAAUUGUUUUACUGAGUUCCCUUAUUCUAUUUUUUUCGUUUUGGUGGUACAAAACUGUAAAACGGUUAGAAAACUAAGGUUUUGGUUGUUAAAAUAUAAAUAUUUAUUAAUUACUAGUGAAGUAGGUUACUUAGAGUGGUUUCUGCGCCGGAUUACUGAAAUAAGAUUUUGCCGGUGUUUUCAAGAUGUAUGUCCGCAUUAAAGCAGACUGGUUGAAAGAGGUCGAGAAAAGAGAACUUGUGAUUACGAUUUCCAAGAGAGCAUUCGUUUUGGAUCUUAAAAAGGCCAUUGAGGCUGAGAUCCAUAUCAACACAACCUUACAACGGUUGUUUUAUAAAGGGAAAGAGUUGCAUGACAAGCAACAGCUUUUUGAAUACGCCGUUGUGCCAAAUGAUGUUAUAACGGUGUUUAAAAAGCAUGUGGUAGAAGAUGACGCAGUUCCUGGCCAUAGCAAAACAGUCGAGGAACCAAAGGAGAAGACCACAACAGAGGUUGAAGAUGCGGUGUCUGCUUUUUAUAAAGUUGGGGAUAAAGUUGACACAAAAUGGAUGGAUAUGGGAAAUUGGUCCGAAGGGACCAUUACAAGGAUAUCUAAGCCCAUUGGGAAAGACAGUAAUGAGGAAUCUGAUCUUCUGUUUGAGGUCAAAAAUGAAGAUCAUGUGUCUGUUUUUCCAUAUACUGACAAUGCUAAGUUCAGCAAUAUUAGACCUCGCAGCUAUUACACUUACAAAAUCCCAGAGCUAAAGCCAGGCAUGAAAGUUUUGGUUAAUUACAAUAAGGACACCCCAACCUCGAGAGGGUUUUGGUACGAUUGCAUUUUGAAAGAAGUGGGUUCGCUCGAUAUUGUAGGAACUUUACUAGAUGACGAAACUACAAUGGAAUGCAAUAUUAAGUUUAUUCAAGAGAUCAUGCGCAUAGAAGAGCCGCAAUUGUUGGAAAACCGUAACAAUGCUAAUUUAAAUAAUGAAAAACCAAGAAUCUACCCAGUGCACUGUGAAAAGUGCAUGGACAAUAGGCAGAAAGUUUGUAAAUUUUGUGGCUGUCACGUCUGCAGUGGCAAGAGCGAUUAUGAUAAGUUGCUUUUGUGUGACGAGUGUGAUGCAGGCUUUCACAUAUUUUGCUUGGAUCCUCCUCUGGAUGGGAUACCUGAUGGUGACUGGUACUGUCCAUCUUGUAAAACCGACGACUCAAAAAUUGUAAAGCCUGGCGAGAAGAUCAAACCUAGCAAAAAGAGGGAAAAAAUGCCGAGUAAACAAAAAGAAACCACACGAGAUUGGGGGAAAGGAAUGGCAUGUGCGGGACUCACCAAACACAAUAAUCUGGUGAAGAAAUCCCACGUGGGGGCCAUACCGAACGUCGAGGUUGGAUUUUGCUGGAAGUUCAGACAUGGAGUUGCUGAAUCUGGUGUACAUCGGCCGCCCGUUGCUGGAAUUCACGGACAGGAAGCAGAUUGUGCAUACAGUAUAGUUCUUUCUGGUGGUUACGAAGACGACGUGGACAAUGGAAAUGAGUUUUAUUAUACUGGAUCGGGAGGCCGAGAUCUAAGCGGAAACAAAAGGAUCGGCCAUCAAAGUUUCGAUCAAGAACUGACACGUACCAAUAAAGCUUUAGCGCUGAAUUGCAACGCCCCGUUCGACAAGAAAAACGGUGCCGAGUCCAAAGAUUGGAAAAAAGGCAGACCCGUUCGCGUCGUCAGGAGCUACAAGCUUAAAAAACAUUCCAAGUUCGCUCCCGAGGACGGUUUCAGAUACGACGGCCUCUACAAAGUGGUGAAGUAUUUUCCCGUAAAGGGCAAAUCCGGGUACUUGGUGUGGAGGUACCUUUUGAGGAGGGACGAUCCCGCGCCUGCGCCGUGGGAGAGCGACGCUAAGACUUUCGACAUGAUUUAUCCCCCGGGAUUCUUGGAAGCCCAGGAGGCAAAACAAAGGGCGGAAUCUGCUAACCAAGAAAAUUCAAAAUCCUCGAAACGCAAACGCGGUAAUGAGUCCGGCGACAAGAUUAAAAACAAGUUCCCAAGACUCGAAGCUUAUGCAUUGGACGUGAAAGUGAAAAAUGCUAUAACGGCAGACAAAAUAAACGAGAAGAUGUGGUCAGAGUGCCAGAGCGUUCUGAAAGAGGGAAGGAAGAAAUUCCUAGAUAAAGUCGAGGAAACAUUUAGGUGCGUCAUCUGCUUGGAGCUGGUUUUCCAACCGGUUACAGGGCAGUGCGGCCAUAAUUUCUGUCAGGCAUGCUUGAAAGAAUACUUCAACUGCUGCUUGUUGAAUUUGUAUUCGUGCCCCUAUUGCAGGGAACGUUUUGAGAAGGACUUGGUUAUGGGGGAGCAGGUCAAUACCAACCUAAGAAGUGCGCUGAAUUUGCUUUUCCCGGGCUACAAGACCCAUUAAAUUUAAGUAUUGAUUUAUUAUUUCAAUAUUCCUUUGCUCAGCUUUAGUUAAUUGCGAGUUUACUUUACCGUAAGGCUAGUGAUUCGAUGUUAUGAACUGCAAGCCUAGAUUAUAAUAACCAGGUCAGUAAGUUCUAAUUUCUUCCAUUUUCGUCAAAAGCACGGUCGAACUGGUUGUUAUAAUAUGUUGUGCUGCAACUCAGUAUUAUUUAAUUUUUUAGAAUUUUUUGAAGUUAGUGUUGCUCCACUGCAGAGUGUAUGGUUGAUGCUGUUUCAAAUGUCUCGAAGCCUUAGUGAUCGAGGCAAUGGUGGCCAGUCCAAGGUAGCCUUAAACCUUAGCGACACCAAAUUCUCAUGCAUAGGCAUUGAACGGGGUCAAUUUUAUUAAUAUGAUAAUGAUUUGAAUAAUUUAUUUAUAAAAUUCGUGCAUAGAACAAGUUUCACAGCAAUUGCAAGCACGUGAUGAAAGAGCAGUUAACAAUUAAUAGGUAUAGCUAGUACCUAUAUUUUCUUUAGCUGGUUUUCUGUUCUGAAACUAUAUGGCCCUAUGAGAAUGUAUAUUUUACCAGCGGAGUGUUUAUUUGAGUAGUUUAAAAGCUAGCUGGAUAUUAUAUGAACUACUAUUCAAGCUAAUUUAUAAACUAUGUAAGAUUGCUCACCAAAAUACAAAGUACACAAAAUUUUUACUAGUCCUCUUUAGUUUAUAGUUAAUUUGAUAGACAUAUCUUGUGUAGUUUGUAAAGUGGCUGGAUAGUAUACAAACUAGGCAAUUCUGGAAGCCAAAGGAGGUCGCAAAGUCCAGAAAAUUAUAUUAUUUACAAUUCUCUUGAAUUCCUCCUGCGUCGAUUGUUGACAAAUACAGUUUGUUGACGUUUCGCCUAGUUAUUGGCCCAAAUGUCAACUAAUUCUAUUGAUCAGCAACUGACGCAUGAAGAAUCCAGGGGAAUUGUAAAUAAUAUGACAGUUUUUUUGAAAAAGAUAGACUGAUUCAUUGUAUAUCAUAUUGUGGAUGACUCUUGGUAUACAUACGCACAUGGAAGUUGCAGCCACCUGUUGAAAAUAUCGAAAUUUAAAUCAUUUUAAGCAGUUUUUUUCAAAUAAAUUUUUAUACACAAAAAUUUAAAUUGACACAAAAAAAAAUUCAUACCAUCCUCGUGCAGCUGAAAUUUUAAUAUUAUUUUAUGAUAUCAGAGGGUGAGAAAUAUUUUGAUUUAUUAAAGUCUAAAUUAAUAUAUGCCUUUUUGAGACAGAGCGUUACAGGUGCCAUUUUUUAAGAUGGUGUCGUCCAUGUGAUUGAGUAUUUGUUUUUAUUUUACGAUUAGUGUUCUUCCAAAAAAAUUAUAAUUGAAAUUACACAAAUAAAAAUAUGUAAAAUAUGCAUGAAUGAAAUUGACAGUUUUUUGGCUUUAAAUAAUGUUAAAUAAACAUUUUAAAUAUGCAGUCUUUUUUAAUUACAAAAUAUUAAAGUGCUUUUAUGAUUAUCUCCAUAAGAAUACAGAGGUUACAAUUUUAUUAUUUAAUUUUAGAUAUUUAAAUUGCUAAAAGAAUGUAAAAAAAGUAAAAACCAAAAAAAAUCUGCUUAAAAUGAUUUAAAAUUCGAAAUUUUCACCUGUACAGGUAGACUGCACAAACGCAAACGCAAUCACUUCCAAGAGUCAGAUGUUUCUCAUGUAUAUCACAAGUUGUCUAUAAUAUGAGAUACAAAAUAUCAGCAUAUUCAAUUUUCUUUCCAAAAACGUUUCUACAGCCUAUACUAUAAUGAGACACAUAGCUUGUAUAAUGUCCAGGUAAUUUUUGAACAUAGCGAAGUACACCUCCAGCAUAAACUUUCCUAUUAUAUUCCUUAAAAUAUUUAUAAAUUGACAUGUGAAAACAAUUAUUUCUAUUUUGGAUUGAAUAAAUUUGCUAUAAAUUGAUUUUUAUUUUUUAAAAAGCGUAAGAGGGAGUCAAUCUUCCUUGUGCACUGGGUAGUUCUGUCUUUUUUUCAGAUCUUACCUUAUAAAGGAUAAAAACGUACUCACUGCGCAAAGAAAGUCUCAACUAGAUUCGCUAUAAAUAUAAAAUAGAAUAAAUUUAUUGAAUUGAUUGUAAAAUACAGAUCAGCUGGGACUCUUUAAAACAGUCAGCUAAGCAAUAAAUCAUAAAGUAGCUUUUAAAAUCA